ACGGGCCAAAGAAGAACGAAGUGAAGAAGAAGAAACACUGUCCGGCAUUUUCUUUUCUACCACACGGAAGUGCAAACUUUGUGGUGUGACCGACGACCUCUGCUUUUGACCUACAUUUUACUGCCGGCUCAUCGUCGCAUCACUGAGAAAAUGGGAGUCCAGAUCAUUCCGAUUGAAAACGGUGACCAAACCACCUUCCCGAAACCCGGCCAAACGGCCGUCGUGCACUACACCGGGACGCUCGACGAUGGAUCUGUGUUUGAUUCCUCGCGCAACCGGGGCAAGCCGUUCAAGUUCGCUGUCGGCAAGGGCGAGGUGAUCCGCGGCUGGGACGAAGGGGUCGCCCAGAUGUCUGUGGGGCAGCGCGCGAAGCUUGUUUGCUCGCCGGAUUACGCCUACGGAAGCCGUGGCCACCCGGGUGUCAUCCCGCCGAACGCUCGGCUGACCUUCGACGUGGAGCUGCUAAAGGUAGAGUAGAGAGGCCGUACGAUAAUCAACAGCGCGACCACAGACCCGACCGGCACCAGAGUAAGCGCAACAUCCUACCUAACACGUAACAAGCAAUCUAACUGGACCGUGAAGCGAAAGCAGUCGAGGGCAGAGCGGGAAGGAAUCGUAGAACGAGAAAGAAGAAACAUUCUUAUCACUAACAUUGACCCCUCUGCGAACAGAAGCCCACCCGGCUGCUAGCUCCAGUUCCGAAACACAUCACGAACCUUCACAUCUUUUCCUCGCGCAGGUCAUGCGUUUGUAAUCCGUAGCGCCAUCCAGGGAUUCUUCUCCAUUGCAUUUCCAUUUCUUCGAUUCCAAGCCUAGCGUGAAUGCAUUUAAAUAUUAUCGGAUCUUGUCGGAGGUUAGUGAAAGUACAAGUAGAAAUAGCCAGGGGAGAGAGGUAGCGAGAAGAGAGAUGCGGGACUGGCCCUUUUCCAGCAAACGACCAUCGACAUGAAAACCUAGUUCAGAGCACAGCCAAAACGUAACCAUCCUUGUCUGCAUCCUUCCCAAGGCACUUCUUGCCGAACCCUCCGAAACCGAAGUUAUUUCGUAAGCAAAUUGUAAAACCGCUCAAUUCGGUUCCUUGGCCCUUGUGGCGCACGACCUCACACUCUGGUUUGCACCUCCUACUGUCGGUCAUCUAAACUAAAUGAAAUGAAUGAAACGGAAAUAAAAAGCAUUAACUCUCUAAACCAAAACCUAAAA